AUGGCUUGUGGACUAGCGUUGAAGCGCCCACACGAGUAUGAUUCGUAUUUGGCAGACGAAAGUUUCCCACACGAGGCUAAACGGGCUCGCCAAACUGCGGCUCAUUGCUCACCAUUUCGGCCUCAGAUGGGUACUAUAGCUGCAAAUCUCCCUUCGACUAGUAGUUUUGCUCAGGCUGUGAACAAAGAUGAUUCGCCCUUCGCUUCGGUGGCCGGCAAAUGCCAGUUGUCCGAGUCCCAACUGGACGCCUAUCUGCGUUCCGAGGUACGGAGUGGUCAACGCCGGAAGCUGCUGCCGAGAAGAAGUUGUGUAGACGUGAAAAUUGAGGAUGACAAUAUCCCACGCAAAGAAUACCGGACUCCCAAUUCUCCUCCUCAGGUACUUGUCUUCCAAGCCUGA